GCGGGGGUGCAGGGGGUUUGGUCAUCGCUGCUUCCUUGACAUGAAUAAAAAGAAACGCUAGUUUAUUUGUCAGCGGCGGCAGCAGAACAGGAAGCAGAGAGGCGACCGCAGACUGCUGCACACGAACAGCCGCAUACAGAUGACUUCCUAAACACACAAGAGGAAGCGAAAAGACAUUCACAUCUUACACGAAUGUGCUCGGAAAAGGUGGGAAAUGGAGAAACAGCAGCAUUCGUCGGGUUCAGAGACACCGGUGCUGCCGCCUGUCCCGCGCAAACCGCGAAACCUCGGAGGAGUCCUCCCUCCACCUCGACGGGACAGCGUGGAUUCACCAGACAGUCCUGGAUCUCAUGUGGAGUGGUGUAAACAGCUGAUAGCGGCCACUAUCUCCAGCCAGAUCUCUGGCGGUGUCCCUCCAGAAGCCAUAACCCGUGAAUGCAAGGUUGGGAAGAAGAUAGAUUUCAGGUCUCAGGACUCUGGUGAAGAUGUUUGUCAGUUUGACAGUGACUAUGAACUGCCGUCUCACACUACGCAGAUUUUCAAGGAUAUUCGAAGGCAGGCGCCCAUGGAUGAAGUCCCACUGGUCCCCGGAGAGGUGAUCAAAACCACUGUUAAAGAUGUGAUGUAUAUCUGUCCUUUCACUGGAGCUGUGACCGGCACACUCACAGUCACAGACUACAAACUUUACUUUGUCAGUCUAGAACGGGAUGCUCCUUUCAUAUUGGAUGUGAACCUGGGUGCCAUCAGCAGGCUGGAGACUUUCAGUGUACAGAGUCUUGGGGAGAAUACUAGUGGCAUGGAGAUCGUCUGUAAGGACAUGAGGAGUCCUAGGUUUGCUUAUAAAAAGGAAGAACAGAGUAACCAGGAGAUUUUGGAGGUGUUGACCAAGUAUGCCUUCCCGUUGUCCAAUGAGCUGUCUUUAUUCGCUUUCCAAUACAAAGAGCAGUUUCCAGAGGAUGGAUGGAAGGUUUAUGAUCCAGUGGCAGAGUAUAAAAGAAUGGGUUUGCCUAAUGAGAGCUGGACCAUCAGUAAGAUCAACAGUAAUUAUGAAGUGUGUGACACUUACCCUGCUCUGCUCGUCACCCCAGCCAGUAUUAAAGAGGAUGAGAUCAAACGUGUGGCCUCUUUCAGAGUGAAACACCGUAUACCAGUCCUCUCAUGGAUCCAUCCAGAAACUCAGGCCACUAUAGUUCGCUGUAGUCAGCCCAUGGUGGGCCCGACAGACCGCCGGUGUAAGGAGGAUGAGCAUUACCUCCAGACCAUCAUGGAUGCCAAUGCACAGUCCCAUAAACUCACCAUUUUUGACGCUCGACAGAGCAUUGUGGCUCACAAUCACAAGGCUAAGGAUGGAGGUUAUGAGAAUGAGAAUUUCUACCACAACAUGGAGCUGAAUUUCCUGGAGAUCCCAAGCAUUCAUGUCAUGAGAGAGUCUCUGCGUAAGCUGAAGGAGGUGGUCUACCCUACCAUCGACGAACCCCACUGGCAUUCCUCCAUAGAUGCCACACACUGGUUGGAGUACAUACGACUCUUGCUUGCGGGUGCGGUGAAGAUUGCAGAUAAGGUUGAGUCGAGUAAGAGCUCUGUGGUGGUGCACUGCAGUGACGGCUGGGACCGCACAGCUCAGCUCACCUCUCUGGUCAUGCUGAUGCUGGACUCAUACUACAGGACUCUCAGGGGCUUCCAGGUGCUGCUGGAGAAGGAAUGGAUCAGCUUCGGACACAAGUUUGCUGCGCGUGUUGGUCACGGAGAUGAAAAUCAUGCAAACUCUGAGCGCUCGCCUCUAUUUGUGCAGUUUGUAGACUGUGUUUGGCAAAUGAUGAGACAGUUUCCCGCUGCCUUUGAGUUUAAUGAGCUCUUCCUCAUCACCAUCCUGGAUCACCUCUACAGCUGCCUGUUUGGGACAUUCCUUUACAACAGCGACCAAGAGCGAGUGGAAAAGGAAGUGAACCGUAAAACGGUGUCUUUGUGGUCCUACAUCAAUAGCCAGCCAGAGGACUUCACCAACCCCUUCUAUGUAAACUAUGAAAACCAUGUUCUGUACCCUCUGGCCAGUCUCAGACAUUUGGAGCUCUGGGUUGGAUACUACGUACGCUGGAACCCCCGCAUGAGACCACAGGUGCCUGUACAUCAGAACCUGAAGGAGCUGCUGUAUCUGCGUGCAGAGCUACACAGGAAGGUGGAGGAGUUACAGAAAGAAGCAUCUUCAUCACGCUCGAUCUCCUCUUCAUCAGAGCAUGCAUAUUCUCCAUCACAUGAUGGUAUACCUCUACACACCUCUGUGUAAUGCACAUGCAGUGCUCACAUUAGGGAAUUCAUCAUUAACAGAAAGUGUAGAAGAUCUGUAGGUUACAGUAAAGACAGUGUGAAGUCUGAAUCUAUUGUUCGUUUCUCUCUGGAUAAUGCCUCGGGGAGAAUAUAUGGAGGCCCAGCACAAAAAGAAGACAGUCUCCAACACAAUUCAGGUUCAUUUUGGUUGUUUGGAAGUGCUGCGAUAGACUUCCUUCUGAUCGGAUAACCAGGGAAGCUUUUGAUUGUGACCGAGGUUAUGAAAAACAGGCCAGUAUUUUAACUUUCAUUUAACUUGAAUUGUAAUUAUUGACACAAGUUUGAAUAAUUUAUUUGUAUGUAGUCAAAAUAAUAUGAGCAUCUUUUAAUCACAGUAUUUCUGUGACAUUUUUCUGUAGUUUUUCUUCACUGCCUCAGCUUUGCCUGCCUUUGUGCCAGUACCAGUUUAAUAUUUCACAUCACUUCUUAGUUAUUUAUAAAAUCUUACAUGAACAUCUCAUUCCCCUACCUGUGAAUUUGUUUUCAUAUAGUAUCUUGUGUUCAGGUUUUCCGUAUUGAAAUUAGAUUUUACUAGAUACAUUUUUAUAUACAAGGAAUGGGGAUUUGAAUGUUGCUGUUGCGAUACUGCCAUUUUGGAAGCAGAUACUGCAUUUGUCUUUGUUUUUCUGUUGCACUUGUUUGUAUGAAAGUGGAAUUAGGUUUUAAUGUGCACACCCUAUUACUACUUCGAUUACUACUGAAAUCUAUGUUUACACAAGGUAAGUACGGACCAUACAUAUAUAUCAGCUCAUGUUUGAUUACACAAGUGCAAACAAAAGUUAUCUGUGAAUCGCUCCCAUGUUUAUGUUGUUACUAUUUAAUUGUAAUCAUGGGUGUUUUGACUUUACAAAUGGCCAACAGUUCAGAUCAUUUGAACAAGGGAUGCCAUAUAAUAUAAAAAAUAAACAAUUACGUGUAAUAAUUAUAAUGCACCGAAAAAACAAUUCAUGUAAGAAUAUGUUGUGUAUUUUUUAUUUUUUAUUUUAUUAGUAUAUUUUUGUAUUUGUGCGACCCUGGUUAUUCUUUGUACAUGCACAUUUUUUACUUCUGUUAAAAAAUAAAAAUGGACUCCAGAAACUUAUAACCAGACUUGAAGAAA